UUUGAAUGUUUUUGCUGCGUCACUGACUUAUCGAAACUCUAUGUACCUUUCUCUUUCCAGGAACAAGAAGAUGUGUACCCGUUCACGGCCACGCAACUCAUUAUACUGCUACUGUUCAUAUUUGGUAUCUUUUUCGCGCUGAUAAUGUACUGCAAAACCUGUUCCAGCUUUUACAGAUCCUAUCAGGAGAGAUUCUUGGAGGAAAGAGAAUGUCGCGGCGAAGAGAAUGAGGCUAAUUCGUUGCACAAUUCGUAUUACACAAUACAAGAAUCCAGAGACAGGCCGCCGUCUUACAGCGAAGCCUGCGGUGCUCCUCCCCUUUACGGAUCACCUUUCAACAGAGCAAGCGUCUAUGCUAGAGCCACCGCCGGUUUACCCAGACACCCCCAAGCUACCGGACAGGGGGCGCGAUCAAGGUCCUCCGGUGAACUGUCACAUGUGACGGAUAGAAAGGAGCCCCGGGCGAUUUGUACAAAUGUUUCCAAGAACGAUCCCCUACUCGACUCACUAUCAUGGCGAAUAAACAGAAAUGACUAUUCAGUUCUAGUUGCUCUUUCAUUGUUCGUUCGCUGGCGAAGAAAACGAUACCGGUUUGUUUCUUUAUUUGGGGGAUAAAAUGAAGAAAAGUCAACCGUAAAAGUUCACAUGAUUAUAUAAUGAAAAUGUCAUUUAUUUGAUGUGGUGCAAUGACUUAAAGUAAAAUGGAAAAAUGAACGUUUCUUGUAUGAGCUGGGUUCGAUGAACAGCCGUGCGCCGUGUACUCCGUGGAGCUACCACUGCUGAACUAUUCAGUUACAAAAAAGCUUUUUAUCGUCAGGGUUUAAAUGCAAUGUACAACGGAAGUGGUGUGUAUCAGACAGCAGCGCAGUAGUAGCUGGCGCGACGACACGAGGGCACCGCUGAUUUCCAUGAUGAGGUAACACUUGUCUUACUUGUACUUAGUUUAUCAAAUUAUCCAGUCAUACGCUCAUGCAGAUUGGUUCGAAGAAUUGCAUCUAAUA